AUGGCAAAUUUGAGAGAUCAAUUGGAAGAAAUCAAGGGAAUGCUGGGAGCACCAAAUUCUUCUUCAAAUCCUAAAAAACCUCAUAAAUCCAAUGCUUACUCAAGACUCUUAAGCCUCCAAGAGCAGGCCACAACUACCAACGACGACUCUUUUUCUUUCAUUCAGCUACUCGGAGAUUCAGCUAAUGUUCUUGUCUCCUCAUUCGGUACUGACAUUUUAGAUGACGAUGAAGAAAUUGCUGCUCAGGCAUUGAAGUGCUUGGGAUUUAUGAUUUAUCAUCCAUCCAUUGUUCCAAUGAUUACAGGUGAUAAUGCUGAUAUGAUUCUUGAGUCCCUUUUCAAAGUGAUUACUACCACCAGGAUUAAGUCUGUUUGUAAUUUAGGAGUGUGGUGCAUAUCAAUUCAACAGUUCAAUGCGGCAAUUUUGGAUUCACAUUUCGACUCUUUGUUGAGGAUAAUUAUUUAUGCCCUUGACAAUCCUAUUGGUUCUAUCUCGAUUACAUUUGAGGCCAUGCAAUCUGUAAUAAAGUUGGCAACAUUAUGGGGUGAAAAGAUGAGACACAUGUCAAAUGUAUGGGCUCCUCCAAUUUAUAGAAGGCUUGUUAGUGCUGAUAAACGGGAGAGAGAAAUUACGGAGAGAUGCUUGCUGAAGGUUAGGUAUUUGAUAUGUCCUAUGCCAGUAACCCUUUCCAAGACUAUUCUCUUAGAUGUGAAGAAAAAAUUGCUUCCCGCCAUGAAAAAAUUAUUGAAUCUUGGCCUGAAGAUUGAGACCAUGCGAGCAUGGGGAUGGUAUAUCCGUUUUAUUGGACCUUCAGCAAUGAAAAGCAAAGAUUUAGUCAAUGAAAUGUUGAAACUUCCUGAGCAAGCAUUUUCUGAUUCUGACCCACAAGUUCAGAUUGCUGCCCUGGUCGCCUGGGAAGCUAUGAUCGAUGCUUUAGUUCUACUUCCAGUCCAAGCUUCUGAGACUGAUGCAAUUCAAAUAUGUGAUAAACCACGUGUGAAAAUAUCAUCAUGGGAUAAUUAUCAGACCGAUGGAGAUAGAUAUUUGAAAAAAUUAAAGCUUAUAAUGACACCCCUAAUAGGAAUUACGUCAAGCAAAUGUCAUUUAUCUGUGCAUGUAGCCUGCCUCAACACAUGGUCUUAUCUGCUACACAAACUGGAGACUUCUAUCAGCUCUGAUUUGGUGAUAAAAUUUGUCUGGGAGCCCAUCCUUGAACUCAUUUUGCGACAUGGACCUGAUAAUCAAAGUGUCUGGUUAUGGAACAUUUGCUUGGAUCUGCUUGAUGCUUUUGCUUCAGCAAGAACUGCAAACUCAAAUGGUGGCAUGCAUAAUCUGGAGAAGAGUAGGUUAUUGGAAAAAAGCUCAGCAUGUUCACGGAAGCAUUAUGCAAUUAAAUGGUCACCUUGGAAUCUGAGCCAGCUUGAUUUCUUUAUUAAGAUGAUUGAUAUUGUCAUUAACCAAGCUUCAAAUGCUGCUGUUUCCCUUGAAUUCAGAAAGUUGGCACAUAAUGCUGCCUUAAAGUUAUUCAGAUAUCUUUUGAGAGCAGUUCAAGGUGCUGUAAAAUGCAUUUCUGUACCUUAUGAUGAAAUUAUGCUGUGUCUGAAUACAAUUUUUACAUUUUUGAAGAAGAUUUGUGAAAAAGUGACUUCAGAAGAUAAUUGUUUUGUUGAUUUCUCUCAUGCUUCCCUCCAGCUUUUGGAGUUGGUCGCUGAGGAGAUAGAACCCUUGAUAUUGGAAUCUCCUCUAUACAGAACAGCACUAGAUCUAAAGUGCCUUGAUGAGUUAGAACCAGUUUGUAAAUUUAGAUCAUCAUGUGAACCAGGCUUGUGGCUCAUUUCAAAUAUGGACAUGGUUUCUCCAAUUGUGUAUUUGAGUGUGCUUUAUUUCUCAGUGGCUGUGAAGUUAACUUCUAAUGCUGCAGACUGCAAAUCCAUAACAGACAGGAUGUGCAGACAUGUAAAGUUGUCCUUAUGUUCUCAUGAUACUCUGGAUAUUCUCUCUGUCUGUGUUGGUUUGUUGUACAAGUACGAGGCUUUUGAUUGUUUAGGCAUUUGGAAAGGUCUUGCUAAUGGUCUUAAAGAUUACUUAGAUGACAAGAGAAACCCCUCACUUUUCAAAAUGGGAUCAAAGAACCAUGGUUGUGCUGUAGUACUUCAUCUCCUAUCCUAUCCUUUUGCUGCAUGCUCGCACUUGCAGAGCCAGCAACAGCUUCAGGAUAUUAUUGAAGUGUGGAGACAGUUAUAUGUUUCUGUUCAUUGUGAUUCCCCACUGCAGUGUUCGACUGAUUUGAAUUUUUCUGAGAAUCUGUUUGCAAUAUUGGAUGAGUACUUAAAUGAUAUUACUGUGACAAUUGACAGUCGAGCUAAGUUUCAGCAAUGGGACAAGAAUCAGGAUUUUGACAUGCUUUUAUUGAUUGGAAAUGUGAUUUCUUGUGUUAUGGAGCAUUUUGUUUCAAAAGUGUGCUUCAUACGAAGUACAAUGAGCAAUGGCAAUAAUAGGACUUCCAGCAUUUUCAAAACUAGCUUGGGAUUUGCUUCGAGGUUCCUGAAGCUGGCUUUUGCAGAAAAAGAAACCAUCGUGCCAAUGAUACAGACUCUAUCUUCAAGGUUGUUCUCUACAUUGAUCCAGUUUGCAGACAGCCUUCAAUUCAAAGAAGAUAUUGUUGCAUUCAUUGAGGCUAUGACAAGUCCAUUACUUGAGUGGCUAUCAUUGGUGGAAGUUAAUGAUCAAAAGACCACCGAUCAGCUUCAACUUUUAUGGACUAAAGUCCUGAAUAGCUUGCGGAAGAGUAGGCCCUCAAUUAAGUUUGAUUCCGAAUUCCUAAAAUGUCAAUCAUCUCUUCUUGAAAAAACUCUUGACCACUGGAACGUCACCAUCUCUGAGAACACCAUCAACUUCUGGAACUCUACAUAUGGUGAACAAGUACUUCUAGAGUACCCUCAUAACUUGCUACCAGUCUUGGACAAACUUUCACGAAAUGGAAAAAUAAACAUCUGCAAAAGAGUCUUGGCAAUUAAUGGAAAGAAAAGUUCUGGAGUAACAAGCAACAUCUCUCCUCAGAGAUAUUCUGUGACUGCAAGAGUAAAUAGCUGUUCGAAAAGAGUUGAACUUGUCAGGGAUGCCAUGAAUGAUUUGCAGGGUAAGAAUAAGCUGCAUUUGAGGUCAAAGAGAAAACGGCCUGAUUUAACAGAACAUCAAAAGGAAAUAAGACAAGCACAGCAAGGACGUGCAAGGGAUUGUAAUGGGCAUGGCCCAGGAGUACUAACUUAUACUAGUGCUGAUUUCUCUCAAACUAAUGAAGAAUCACAGGAAAGCAAGGGCAUUAGAGAUGCAGAUUCCAUCCUGGAGAUGUUAAGAAGUGUUCCUUGAUUAUUUUGAUCAAUUGAAAUGCCGUGUUCUGAAAGAAAGAGCCUGUGCUGGGAUCAUUCUACAUUACGUUUCCGUAAUCCUGCUUUAGGCCUUCAAACAAGAGGUGCACUUUUUGGUGCAAGGUCAUCUGAUUCAAGUUUUUCGAGGAUCGUGCUCCAUGAGAAACCUUUGUUGUCUUGUGACUGGCCAUAGAAGACUGUUGGAUGGGAAGGCAUUUCAUCGACUUGAGAAGCCUACGUCCUGGAAAUGUAGUAACGAAUUGCCGAUGCCUCUCCUUUAUCGCCUGGUCAAAGACAUUGAGCAAUGAGCGGCAGCUCUAACAAGAGAAUCUGCAAAUAUUUAGAAGGCCAGCUCCGUGAGCCAACUGAGACUUUCUCUGUCUUGUCCCAAGUCAU